AUGACGCUCCCCGGCCAUGACCUGCGGAUGACGCCUGAAGUGACUGCCCGACCGACUCCCCCCGGGACGGGGUCCCAGUAUUGUGUCUGCUUCCUUCACGCAGUUAUGCUAAGUGUGCCCAGAGGACCUGCACCAAGGUGGAGCUCUGCAAAGCCGGCGCCUGGUAGCUGCGGAGGAGGCACCCGGGGCUGCGUGGACCUCCCCGCAGGGGGCAGUGUGGGCCGCAAAGCCCGCCCCCGAGGUCGCGGGCAGGCCCGCCUCCGACUGACGGCACUCGUGGCCAAUAAGCAAGGCGGCGCCGCGGAGCAGGCAGCCAUUGGGCGAGCGCGCAGAACCAGUGAGUCCGGCGGCGGCUUAGUAGCUGCAGGCGCCGCCGCCGCCACAUUCAAGAGUCGGGAGCCUCGCGAGCGCCGGUGGACCCGCGCUGUGCUCGGCUGCGCCUUCCUCCCGGCGGACCUGCGGCGGAGCGUCCCGAGCGGGCCCCGCUUCAGGGGUGAAGGCGACAGCGACGGCUCUGCGGGCCGGAAGGAAGGUUUUGAGACUGCCCGCCCAGAGCAGCCGGAUAUGAAUGCCUGUUCUCCACAAGCAGCGGGAAUCUCCAUCUCUCCAGGAAGCCACCGGUUGGAGUUGGAGCCCAGGCAGCUGGAGGUGUGCUGUGAGCCUUGUGGCCGUCCGGGCUUUGGAGCCCGUCCACUGAGGCGCCCAGGACCGGAUGCACAGCGCCGCACAGUGGUGGGGAACGGAGGGGCUCUGCUCGCAGGCACCCUCGCUCACCUCCUCCCUGCAGCACAAGGCAGCUCACCCGGCCAUCCUGGGGCAUCUGCCUCCCAUUCUGCCACCCCUUGGAUCCCGGUACCCACUCAGGUGCAGUUUCCCCGAAAACAACUCCACCCAGGGACUUUGUUGGUGUCUGUGUCUCCCACGCCGUCAGGUCCAUGGCAGGGGCCUCUGAAGUGCGGAGGCUGUGGAGGCCUGCCAGGCCGAUGGCCCGAGGACCUAAGGCCCUGGCAGCACCUCCCUGAGCACCCCUCCCUUGCCCCGCCCCUCCAAGCCCGGGCAGGCCCUGCCCACCUUCCCUCCACUCCUCCUCGUUGGUCGGCAAGGACCCCUAAGGGCCAGCCCUACUGUCCCCCUGUGGUCAGUGCAGUCUUGGGCGUGGGGAGGGUCUCUCAGGGCACAGGGUGAGUCCGUGGGGAAGCUGGGACGUGGGCCCACAUCACAGGAGCCCACGUCAGGGGAGGGCAGGUCUGGGGCAGCCCGUGACACAGGGAAGGCCCAGCCCCGACCCCGGGAGCCCGCUCCGCUCACCGCACAGAUAAGGGUCAGCUGCUCAGCCACCAGGGGGGGGGGGAACUGCAGGAUGGUGAGCGGCUCCUCCCUCACGGCACAGGGGGUGCUCGCGGCACAGGGGCUGGUGGGCGCUGGCCCUGCCUCUGGCUCUGCCGUGCUUGGUGCCAUUCCGGUAGGUGGUACGCGCCCCGGGCCCGAGGGCUCAAGGGGCUCCAGCUCGGGGCAUGAGACCACUCCUGGGAUGUCCCAGGGGCUCAUGGCACAGGGUCUGGUGGGGUCCAGUCCCGCCUCUGGCUCUGGCAGGCCCGGUGCCAUUCCGGCAGGGUCUCCGGGCCCCACGCCUGAGGGCUCAUGGGGCUCCAGCUUGGGGCCUGGCGCCGGGGCUGAGGCCACUGCUGGGACAUCCUCCGGCUCCGCAGGGUCUGAAGCAGGUGACACCGGCUGUUGCUCCAGCUCAGGGGUCUCAGGGAGCUCCGGGAUGGGCUCUAGCCUCGAAGACAGCCUUCUCCAUGUCUCUGGACCCAGCUGCAUCUGCCGUGGUGCUGGAGCAGGACACAGAGGAAGGGUCACCCCGGGCCUGAUUCCCCACGCCUCACUGCCUGGAAGGGAAGCCCACCCUAGACGGUCCCCUGGCUGCAGCCCCUCACCUUUGAUCUUGGCCACCGUGGGCCCCAGGUGCUCCUUCUGGCCCAAGUAGUGGAGGACUGGGCCCUGCAGGGUGCAUGCAGGCUGGCUGCAGUGGAAGACGCUGGGCGCACUCUCGGGCUCCCAGGCAAGGCACCCAUCCCAUCCCAUCCUGGGGCUGCGGGAAGGCCGGGGGUGGCAGACUGAGAAGCCUGGUCUUUCCAGCCGCUCUGCCCUCCCCUGCCUGUCCAGGCACCUGUCCCCACCUCCUUCCUGACCCUGCGUGUCUGUCCUGGGACCCCAUCCUCUCCCAUCCUCCCGAGUAGGAAGUCCCCAGUCGUCAGCCCGCCCUUCGGAAUCCAAAGAUGGGUGACCUGCUGGGCUCUGCUGGGCGCCCCCUGCCCCAAGCCCCAAACGCCUCCUCCGCCCAUUCUGUGCACACGGGCAGUGCCCCCUCUGGUCCCAGUAGAAAACUCACGUUUUCAGUUCCUCCUGUGGGCCCUCGUCAUGCCCCCCAUCACAUGAGGAGGCGGUGAGGGCAUCGCCCAUGACGCUCCCCGGCCAUGACCUGCGGAUGACGCCUGAAGUGACUGCCCGACCGACUCCCCCCGGGACGGGGUCCCAGUAUUGUGUCUGCUUCCUUCACGCAGUUAUGCUAAGUGUGCCCAGAGGACCUGCACCAAGUGGGUGCUGCACACCUAUUGUUGCUGAAGGAAGUCCCCCCAGAACCUGUCCAGGUACCCCUCUGCUGCCCCCAGCGGCCCCUCAUGUGAACUCAGUGAGGACGAGGACCGGGCCCAGCCACAGGGAAUCGGGAGCCUCUGCUCCCAAGGCUGCUUUCCUUGUGCUUUUCCAAACUGAGGCCACUGAUGGGUGAAGCCAAAGGCUUUUCAUGAGGUGCA